AUGGAGAUACGGCAGAAUCGAGUCCGCGAGCCGCCGCCAGCAGACUAUCCCGGUGCGCGCGGCGCGCUAGCCGCACCACUAAGGGACGGGGCCGUACACUACCAUUUUGAUCCAGUGCGCGCCGAAUGGGCCCUACACGCUUCGCAUUCACGAGAUAUCUUGACUGUGACUCCCAACUUAGUAGCUACUGCCAGUACCAGAUGA